GCAGUGCACCUUAUUGUCCUGAUUCCCUGAGGUGGAUGAACCAAGACAAAGGAAGAGGAGGAGGAAUCAGAAGGAGCCUCUUGAGGACUAAUGUGAAGGUGGUGAGGAAAACUUUUCGGGUUGAGAGUGUGUGGUCCGAACCAGGGGAAUUCACACACACAAGACCAACAAGGAGAAAGGGAAUGGGGUUCCCACUUUUGUGGCUGAUCACCCUCUUGGCAAUGCCAAAAUACUCCUCUGCAGUUGCUGACCUGAAGGAUUGCGAGGCGGCAGGCAGCAAGUGUCAUCAACAGGCAGAGUGUCUAAAAGUCCAGAACAACUUCACGUGCGUGUGCGCAAUGGGCUACCAGGGUGAUGGUCUUCUGUGCGAAGACAUUGACGAAUGCCUCAGCGGCCUGCACAGUUGUCAUCCGAAGGCCCGCUGCAACAACACCCUUGGCAGCUACAAUUGUUUUUGCCUGAGUGGAUUCACCGGAGAUGGGACUAACUGCCAGGAUAUUGACGAGUGUCAGAAAGAAAACGGCGGCUGUCAUGCCAACGCAUUCUGCAGCAACGUUGAGGGCGGACGCCAGUGCCGAUGUAAAGUCGGUUUUGAGGGAAACGGCUUCCAGUGCACCGAUAAAAAUGAAUGCACAAACCCAAAUAUUUGUCAUUGGAAUGCAACCUGCACCAAUAACCCCGGAUCUUACGUUUGCACCUGUAAUCGAGGCUAUAAGGGCAACGGGAACUACCUGUGUCUCGAUAUCGAUGAAUGUUCAGAGAUUUCGCAGGUGUGCCCAUCUUUGUUUGGUUACAAGGGCUGUAAAAAUCUACCUGGUACUUAUCGCUGCACGUGUAGCACCGGCUUUGAAAGUAAUGGCCGGAGCUGUGUGGACAUUGAUGAAUGUGCAGGCAACAUCUGUAGUCUCUAUGCAGACUGCUUGAACACAAUUGGGUCGUACCGAUGUAACUGCAACAGCGGUUUUGUCGGAAAUGGCUUGACUUGUGUUGAUAUCAAUGAAUGCAAUGAGGACAAUGACUGUGAUCUCAAUUCUGUUUGUAUUAACAGACUUGGCAGUUAUGAGUGCUCCUGUCUGGAGGGCUUUGAAGGAGAUGGUAGACUGUGUGAGGACGUUAAUGAGUGUGAAACACCAAGCAUCUGCCCUCCUACUACUACGUGUGUCAACACCAAUGGGUCAUAUUUCUGCGACUGUGGUCGCGGAUUCAUCUUUAUGAGUUCUGAAUGUCGUGACCUGGAUGAAUGUGCAGCAGACCCUUGCAGCCCCUACUCUGUCUGCACUAAUUCACCCGGUUCCUUCACAUGCCAGUGCGCGGGAGGUUACAGAGGAGACGGCUUCACGUGUGUGGAUGUGGAUGAAUGUUCCGUUUCUACUCAAUGCCACGUCAACGCACUUUGCACUAACCUGCCCGGCAUCUAUAACUGCACCUGUCAGGUGGGUUAUUUUGGAGACGGCGUGAUCCAGUGCAGUGAUGUGAACGAGUGUCUGGUGGAUAACGGAGGCUGUAGAAAUCAGGCUACAUGUGUGAACAACCUUGGCUCUUUCGCUUGCCUGUGCCAAAGGGGAUUCAUCUUGUUGAACCAGACUCUCUGCCAGGAUGUAAAUGAGUGUGCGACGCAGGAGAAUCCGUGUGGUGUCAAUGAAGAAUGCAGGAACGUUGAUGGUUCGUACGAAUGCCCUUGCCAGACUGGAUAUUACCGUCCUGCCGCUACAAUGGACUGCGUCGAUAUCGAUGAGUGUAAAGAGAAUCCUUGCCAUGUUCAUGCCACGUGCCUCAACACAGUCGGCUCCCACACCUGCACCUGUAAGCGAGGCUUUGCGGUCAACGGCACCCAGUGUGAUGACAUCGACGAGUGCUCUGUGAUGGACGCAUGCCAUCCACGGGCACUCUGCAUCAACUUUAUCGGGGACUUCUUCUGCUCCUGCCAGCAGGGGUUCGACGGUGAUGGCUUCUCCUGCCAGGAUGUGGACGAGUGCCUCCUCUCAGAUGCCAUUUGUCCGGAUUUCUCAAAAUGUGUCAACUCCCCCGGAGCACACGUUUGCUCAUGUUUGAAUGGUACAGUCGCUCUGAAUGACACUUGCGUGCCACCAAGUCCGGUCUGUGACCCGGGGUGCCACAUGAGUGGCCUGUGCCACCGCUCACCUUCUGGACAUCAAUGCGUGUGUGACCUGGGUUACAUCGGUGAUGGGCUGACUUGCUUUGAUAUCGAUGAGUGCCAAAGGGAAAACAUUUGUCCUGAAAAUGACAUUGAGUGCGUAAAUGUCCCUGGUUCAUAUUCUUGUGUUUGCAAGCAAGGCUACAUUCUGAACGGAACUCAGUGUGCUGAUGUAAAUGAGUGUGAAACAGGACGACAUGAGUGCAGUGACUUUUCUCAGUGUGAAAAUACAGUGGGAAGUCAUGUCUGCUUCUGUCUCAGUGGCUUCACAGGUGAUGGCAAGAACUGCUCUGACUUUGAUGAAUGCCAAGUCCAAAAUGGAGGAUGCCAUAACGUUGCCAGCUGCACAAACACACCCGGAUCUUUCAUCUGUGACUGCCCAGUCGGCAUGGAGGGUGACGGUUUUCAGUGCCAAGAUGUAAAUGAAUGCGAGCAGAAUUCCACCCUGCCGCACAACUGCAGUGCCCAGGCUUUGUGCCACAACACAUACGGAGAUUACGACUGCCAGUGCCAGGAUGGUUAUCAGGGGGAUGGCUUUGAUUGUGAGGAUAUCGAUGAAUGCCAAAAGAAUAGCACUUGUAGCACAAAUAUGACAUGCGGCAACACCAUUGGCUCCUACACCUGCAUGUGUAUUUUUGGCCUGGUAUAUGACAAGGGGACCUGUGUGAAUGAAGUUGCGUGCCUCAACAACAGUUCCAAUUGUCAUCCCCUCGCCAAGUGCCACCACUAUCAGGGUUCCUUCUACUGUCAGUGCAAAGAUGGCUAUCAAGGCGAUGGCUCAGAAUGCGCCGAUGUGGAUGAAUGUGACCAAUUCCAAGGUCCAGUAUGCCCGAGUUUCUCCUCCUGUUUCAACACUAAUGGCUCCUACCUCUGUGAAUGCUGGCAAGGUUUUCUUGACAAUGGUACACACUGUCAGGACAUGGACGAAUGUGCAAUGGGGAACUUCACCUGCCGAGACAACAGCACUUGCAGCAACGUCAAUGGCGGCUACACGUGUAUUUGUGACUCCGGCUUCUCUGGCAAUGGAUCCGCGUGUGUAGAUGUAGAUGAAUGCUCUCUAGGCCAAAUUCAGUGCCCUGAUUCCUCCAGCUGCCUGAAUUCAGUGGGGUCCUUUUUCUGUGAGUGUUGGGAAGGCUAUCAAAAUAACAGCAGUGCCUGUGAGGAUAUUAAUGAGUGCCAGAGCAACUCCACAUGCCCUGAACAGAGCACAUGCAUCAACACCAAUGGCAGCUUCCAAUGUAUAUGCGAUGCUGGAUUUUCUUUCGUCGAGGACUUAUGCACGGACAUCGAUGAGUGCAAUGAAACUCAUCUUGAGAACAUUUGCAACAAUGGCACAUGCAGUAAUGCGAUCGGAUCAUAUUACUGUGAGUGUAUGACUGGAUUUUGGAGUAAUGGAACAACAUGUGUUGAUGUCAAUGAAUGCUCAGACUCACGCAACUCAACAGCGUGCCCGCCUCAGUCGACAUGUAUCAACACCCCUGGCUCUUACAGUUGUUCUUGCCAUGAGGGCUUCAUUCUAAAUGGCAGCAAGUGUCAGGAUAAAGAUGAAUGUCAAGGCCCGAUAACCCUGUGCCCUGAGCACUCAUCCUGUAAUAACAGAGCGGGAUCCUUCAUCUGCGAGUGCGAUCCUGGGUACACUUCCUUUCCGUUAGGUUGUGAAGAUAUCGAUGAAUGCAGCUAUAACAUCUCCUGUCGCCUCGAUCAGGUGUGUACCAAUGUUCCUGGAACAUACACCUGCAUUUGUCCUUUGGGAUACCAUGAGGAGGGGAGAAUGUGUGUCGACACCAAUGAAUGUGAGGAUUUACCUUGCCAUUCCUUGGCGCGUUGCUGGAAUAACCCCGGUUCUUUUUCAUGCCAUUGCCCUCUGGGCUUCGCCGGAAACGGCUCAUGGUGCGAAGAUGUAGACGAGUGUGAGGCAUUCACCAAUCCGUGCCAUCCUGUAGCUCAGUGCCACAACACCCCGGGGUCAUUUGUAUGUGUAUGCGUCCAUGGCUUUGUGAGUAUUGGGCCCCAUUGUGUAGACCUUGACGAAUGCCAACUGGCCAAUGGGCAGUGUCACUCUGCUGCCACCUGCUCCAAUCAUGUUGGAGGUUUCAAAUGUACCUGCAGCCAGGGCUGGAAUGCAACCAAAGACAAUGGUCAUGGAAAACGAGGAUGUGUGGACUUUGAUGAAUGUGUGUCAGCCGUGACAUGUCCUGGGCAAACGUCUUGUACAAAUCUGCCAGGGUCUUACACAUGCUCCUGUCCAGAGAAAAAUUUAGUCUGCGACAUAAUCCGGAAUGAGAGCAACCUGUACCCAUUUGGAGCAGAAGUUGGUGAUACAAGAAUACACAUGGACACACAAGAUGGAACGUCUCCAUACAUCAAACCACCGAUAGGUUUUCCAUUCAUGGGGAAAUUAUCUGACAGAAUUUAUUUCUCUGACAAUGGCCUUGUCCAAUUUCAGUCUGCUGCUGAGAAUGAGCAGUAUCUGUUUCCAGCUCCAUUAGCCGCUGGGUUUCCAACUGAUAUGAACGUGUUUCUCUUGGCGGUGUUCUGGGAUGAUGCUGACCUUACCCAAGGCGAUGGACGUUUAUUCUACAAGGAAUACCAUGAGUCCGAUAUGGCCGACGUAUACUCCCACAUAGUCUUCAAUCGCACAGUCAUUGAUGUUUCCACAUUUCAAAGCCAGAGAGGAAAACCUGCAUUCAGUCCUUCUUGGAUCCUCAAAAUCACUUGGGACCAUGUAAUGCCUGUGUCGUACCAGAAGAUCAAUCAGUCAGAGACAAACACUUUCCAGUGUAUUCUGACCACAGAUGGAAUACAGUCCUUUGCCCUCCUGCAAUACGGAGAGAUGAGAUGGGGCCCGGGCCAGAGAGAACAUCAUGACGCCGUUAUCGGCUAUAUGGAUGGCAAAAGCACCCACAAAGAGCCCACUACUCCCCCAGGAAACAUUUUUGGCCCAGGGGGAAGAUACAGGCCGCAACAAGUGAGAGGGCCUAUGGGGAAGUUUGGCAAGCUUGUUUAUGAUUUAAGUGGACCUCAUGAGUCUGAGGCGAACCCAGGACUGAUGUGCCAGGCAUGGGCAACGAAGGAGCCUGAUCCUGCUGACUGGACUGACGGCUUACCAUUGUGUCACUGUACCCGCGCCCAGGCUCUAGAAGAUUUGUCCUUUUUGCAAGAUACCGCUGAACAAGGAUCACAGCUGAAGACGUUGAGGGGUCAGAGAUGGGGUGGUGAUGGGGGCCACAUCUUCCGCUCAUUUUUUGCCAACAAAUAUGGAUCAGGAAAGAGAUGUGUGUAUGAUCUUCAGGGGCCUCUGUUGGCAGGUUACAAUGAGCGCUACUUCUCAAGACAAAGUACCCAGAAACAUAUCGUUGAAGAUCUGCUACCUUUCCAGUGGUGUUGCAUUGAGUCUCCUCUUUGUCACCUUUACCUCAAAAAACGGCCAAUCGACCGCUGCAGAGGUUAUAGCUGGGCCAGUCUGAAUGGCUCCAAGCUAGGCAACAGCGCAACGCAGGGUGUCGCACUCGUUUAUGGCAGCCUUCAUUUCAUCACCUUUGAUGGCACAGAGUACUCCUUUAAGGCACUCGGAGAGUUUGUGAUCGCGCGGCUCUCUUCCAACACUGGAUCUAAUAUCUUCACCCUCCAAGGACAGACUGCGAGACUGCACACACACAAAAAUGGGAGCAUUAACUUCCCAGUGGUGGUACGCAUCGCUGCUUUCUACCAGGGCAUUGGCAAGAUUGAAUGGAGAUGUGCAGAGAAAGGAGAAGGACUGCGGGUGUUUAUAGAUAAUGCAGAAAUUGGUGUCACCGUUGGUAACAGCUACACACAACACACCAUUAAACACCGUGUGUGUUAUGAAACGGCUAACCUUUGUUUGUGUGAUAAAUUAUGUUCAUCAGGUGUCGUUCACAUGGGAGAAAGAGACUUUGCUGUGCGCUGUGUUUCAUUGGAUCGCUGCGCAGCUUUGUAUGCCGCUGGUCUGCAUGUGCUGGUUUGGCGUGUGGAAGGCCACAACCAGCUGGCAGCCAUGUUGGAGGUUCCCCAGACCUUUUACAACCGAACAGUGGGUCUCAUGGGCCUCUGGAGUAACAACCGCUCAGACGACUUCCUCAUGUCUGAUGGUCGGCUGCUGUCCUCAGUUGACCAUAACCCGCCCCCGGAAGACAAGCUGCAUCUUUUUGGAUUAUCCUGGGCAGUCCCACAACCAGAGAGCCUGCUGUUCUCUUCCCCUCCACUGGACCCAUUUGAACCAGUUUCCUUUAAUAAAUUGCUGGAGGACUACAGUCCUGAUGUGGUGGAAGAUCUGAGGAGAACCUGCCAAGGCAGCAUGCGCUGUGUGCAUGACAGUCUUGCAUCCAACACUUCAAACCUGGGGCUUCAAACUCUGAACGCAGAGAAACAAUACAAAAGUUUGGCCCAAACAUACGGCAACACACCACCCAUCGUGACAGCACCAACACUGAUCCAAGCUCAGGUCAACUCGACUGUCAACAUACAAAUUAUUGCCCAGGAUCCUAAUGGGGAUCCUAUAAUUUAUUCAAUGCUCUUCCCACGACCCCCACGGACCUCCAUCGGCAGUGUUGAUGGUCACUUCACCUGGAUGCCCCUUAGCACCGAGCCCGUCAAGCUUACGAUUGAGGUCACAGACAAGCUCUCCAGCUCCUUGUUUACCCCCAUUCUCCGCAUCUGCAACUGCCUUAAUGGAGGAACCUGUCUGUCUGACAGCAUCAUUGAAAACCACCUUAAGGGGAAGUUCCAGGUAUUAGGGUGUGUAUGCCCGAAAGGAUUCAGCGGGAAGUUUUGUGGCAAUAUUGCAGACCCGUGUAAAGGUAAGCCGUGUUUCCGAGGGGUACCGUGUCAAUUGAAUUUACAGAGCGGGACCUUCAACUGUGGACAGUGCCCAAAUAAAACUGUGUCCAACGGAAAGCAGGGAUACAAGUGCUUUGAGCAUGACUUGUGCCUGCCCCCUUUUACCCUCCCCUGCCACAAGGAUGCGACUUGCUUCAGCACAAAACAAAACUUCACCUGCACGUGCAAACCCGGCUUUUUCGGAGAUGGCUUCAAUUGCACUGAUAUAGACGAGUGUGCCGAGAUGUCGACGUGUCCCAAUGCCAAAUUUGAGUGUAAGAACAAACCGGGAUCUGUCGACUGCUUCUGCAGAUACCAGAACGCUCAGGACUCUGAUGGAUGCGGGGAUUCUGCCAAUCCUCCAGGGAGCAAUGUGUUCAGUGUGUCUAUGGAUUGGAGGAGUAACAGAGCUGAUGGCCUGGAGCAGCUGAUAAACAUUCUGUCCCUGGGCUUCCAGAACAAAUUUUAUAAUGCCAGUGAGAAGGAUCCAGGACAGAGUUCCGGUCUGCAUCCGGUUGAGUAUCGCAUCAACGUGUCCAGUGACACACCUCACUGGUACAUCAGAGACUACCUGGCCAGAGUCAGCAGCAACUAUGACAUCAGCAACGUAGACGUUGAUGACCUGGAUGAGUGUAAGGCCAAAGUGGCCAUGUGUGUGCCCCCUGCCCUUUGCAUCAACACUUAUGGAGGCUACAGGUGUGUGUGUAAUGGCACCACUGAUGUGGAUGAAACACAAUCGUGCGUAUUAACAGAUAGGGACAACGUGAACAACAACAACAACAACGACGACAACCUAGACCUUAUACUGGGCCUGGUUCUUGGCAUUGGCAUCCCCAUGUUGCUUCUUCUGGCUGCACUGGCCUGUUUAGGCUGUUGCCGCAAGAAGACAGUGACUGGAGAUCUGCCUCACUUGUUAGCAGGUAACGUACGAGAAGCAAACAAUCCUCAGCCCUUCAACUACUCUGACCCUACUCUGCACUACGUGACCCACUGCAGUCCCCGGAUCAUAGACAACAUCACACCCCGGCAACGCGUCAGAUAGCACAUGCUGAAUUGACAUCAUUGCAUCCAAUCUUGGAACAUACAGAAAAGACAGCAUGCACACAGACAUACAAAACAUACCAGAAGCACUUUUGAAGCUGAUGUUUUAUAAAGAAGACCAAUGACUUAUUUAUAUUGUUGCUGCUUGUUGUAAGGUGUCCUUGAGUUUCUAGAAAGGCGCCCACAAAUAAAAUGUAUUAUUAUUAUUAUUAUUAUUGUGAAAACAAGUAAACCUGAGUGACUUUCAAAGGCUGCAUUUUGUCUUUUUCCUCCCGCUGAGUA